UUUAUUCUUUUUUUGUAGGGUCACACUGAAGGUUGCAAUUUUUUGUCAAUCACUUUGUCAGACGUCGAAAAAUUUAAUUUAAAAGCCACACAAAAUGGCCUCACACGGCGAUUUGAUUGCACAAUUCAUAGAAAUCACUGGAACGGAUGAGAACGUGGCACGUUUCUACCUGACCAGCUGCGACUGGGACAUAGAGCAAGCUUUGGGCAACUACUGGAGCACCCAGGCGGACUUGCCGCUGCCAACACAAACCGUGGGACAUGCUGACAAUCCAGCCCCAAAACCCACUUCAAGCACAGCAGCGCCGGCAGCAGCUGGGGCAAAGGCGGCUCCCAAGAGCACUAGUACCGCCGCUUCAGGUUCAUCUGAUGUAGCACCUUCCGGACCAAAGGCCAAGCCAAAAUUCGCCACACUCAGCGACAUGUCCAAGGAGCCUUCGAGCGACGAAGAACAGCAAGCCUUCUAUGCCGGCGGCUCGGAUCGUUCUGGUCAACAGGUUUUGGGACCGCCCAAGCGCAAGAAUUUCCGCGAACAGCUCACCGACAUGAUGCGCUCAGCCCAAGAGCAGAAUAUCGCCGAGGUGGGUCCAUCCACCAGCAGUGCCGGCAGCAGCAGUGGCGGCAACGUUUGGGGCCAGGGCAUGCGUCUGGGCAUGACUGACAAUGAUCACACCGCUGUGGGCACCAGCAAGCCUGCACAGGGUGGCGAGAACAAGCCUGUGGUGGUGCUGAAGCUCUGGAGCCAGGGCUUCUCUAUUGAUGGCGGCGAGCUGCGUCACUAUGACGAUCCCCAGAACAAAGAAUUCCUAGAGACUGUCAUGCGCGGGGAAAUCCCACAGGAGCUGCUGGAGAUGGGCCGCAUGGUCAAUGUAGAUGUGGAGGACCAUCGCCAUGAGGACUUUAAGCGCCAGGCUGCGCCACUAACCUUCAAGGGAUCGGGCCAGAAGCUGGGCAGCCCAGUGGCCAAUGUGGUCACUGAAUCGCCAACAGUACCAGCAGCAACAUUGUCUGCCGAUGAUGCCGCCAAUCAGGAGGCCAGUGCCCGUGAUGCAAUCAACUUGAAUUCCGAAGCGCCGUCCACAACGCUGCAGAUACGUCUGGCCGAUGGCUCGCGUCUGGCUGCGCAGUUUAAUAUGUCGCACACGGUCUCUGACAUUCGUCGCUUUAUCCGCACUGCACGCCCUCAGUACUCGACCAGUAACUUUGUCUUGGUGUCCUCGUUUCCCACUCGUGAGCUGAGCGAUGAUAACUCCACCAUCGAGAAGGCUGGCCUCAAGAACGCCGCCCUUAUGCAGCGCCUCAAGUAACCCCCCCUAGGCUAAGUAAGCGAAGAGAUCGACUAUUAUGAAUUAAUAAAGCAGGAUUUUGUGCGGUCGGGCCGAA